UGAUGCUUCAGACAAAAAACAAAAAUUAAAUGAUGACCAAUCCUCUAAAAUAAUAGAAUCCAACAGAGAAUUGUGUGAAGAAAUCUUCAAUUCAAAUUAUACCCAGCCACAAUUUAUCUCAAAAUUUCGUAGGGCAUUUAGAAAUCGCCAAGAUUUCAAAGAUCCAUUAACAAAUGCUACUGUACAUGGCUCCCCAUUUCCAAUAGCUCUUUUUCCUAAUCUCUUUCCUUCACAAUUUCUUGAAUCAGUAAAAGCAGAGCUCGAAUCUGAAGAAUUUUAUCAUAAGUCUAAUGAUUUGUACGAAUUUUAUCAAAGUGAAGAUUUAAAACUCUCGAAAAAUCCAAAUACUAUAAAAUUACGAGAAACAGUAUAUUCCGAAAGUUUUGUACGAACAAUAUCAGAAUUAACAGGAAUUCAACUUGAUUCUACACCAGAUUUAUCUGCGCAUCAAUAUAUACAAAGUAAUUAUUUAUUGUGUCAUGAUGACGAUAUUAAAGACGAUGAAAAUAUGCAUGGAAGGAGAGUCGCGUUUAUUAUUUAUCUGGUUGAUAAUGAUUGGGUAAAAGAACAUGGUGGUUGUUUGGAUUUAUUCAACACUGAUAGUCAAGGGCAUCCAAAUCAGGUUUCACUUUCAAUAAUUCCAAAAUGGAAUACUAUGGUAUUUUUCGAACUUAGUCCAACCUCAUAUCAUCAAGUUGCCGAAGUUUUAACCUCUACAAAAGUUCGUCUAUCAGUUUCUGGCUGGUUUCAUGGAAAUCUUAAUACUAGAUUAUCAUGUGCUCAAUACGUCCCUACAGUCCCUGCAGAUCCUGAUCACUACAAUAUAAAUCAGAUUGUUAAUCCAAGUUAUUUAACAGAGAAGGGCAUUAAGCAUAUUGGCAAAGUGUUAAGAAAAGAAGCUUCAAUAGAAUUACAACAAUUUCUUCAACAAAAUAUAUAUGAUCAACUUAUUGACAGUUUGAAUCAAGCACAAUGGGAUGUGCAUCCUACAGGACCACCUUUUAUAAGAAGAUACCAUAUUCUUAUAAAUAAUACUACUAGCAAAUUACUGGAUAUUAAUAGUACAUCUCCUUUUCAUCAAUAUAUUUAUAACUUUUUCAAAUCAACAAUUUUCACAAGUUAUCUUGCACAAAUCACUCGCUACAAUAUUAAUAAUGUUUACUCGGAAAUUCGGCAAUUUCAAUCGGGCGAUUAUACCUUAAUUCACGAUCAAGCGUUAGACGAAGAAGGCUUAGAUAUAACGUUUUGUUGUAUUGAAGAAGAUUGGCAGCACGAAUGGCAGGGUGGAACACAUUAUGUUGCUCGAGAAGAAGAAUUACUGACCAUUUGGCCAAAAAGGAAUACGCUGAGCAUAGUAGUGAGAGAUGCUGGAACCAUGAGAUUUGUCAA